CAGCCCCCAGGUUUCCCUGGAUGAUGAACAUUCCUUUUCCUGUCUGAUAACCAUCUGUGGAAAGCUUGGCCAUGGCAUCCAUAUCAGAGCCUGUUACAUUCAGAGAGUUCUGCCCAUUGUACUAUCUUCUCAAUGCCAUUCCCACAAAGAUCCAGAAGGGUUUCCGCUCUAUGAUGGUCUACCUCACCGCCCUUGACACUAACGGGGACUACAUCGCAGUGGGCAGCAGCAUUGGCAUGCUGUAUCUGUACUGCCGGCACUUUAACCGGAUGAGGAAGUACAACUUUGAGGGGAGAACUGAACCCAUCACUGCGGUGAAGCUGCUGAGCUGCUUCGAUGACCUUGUGGCAGCAGGCACAGCCUCAGGCAGAGUCGCAGUGUUUCAGCUUGUCUCUUCCUUGCCAGGGAGAAAUAAGCAGCUUCGAAGAUUUGACGUUGCUGGUAUUCAUAAAAAUAGCAUUACAGCUCUGGCUUGGAGCCCCAAUGGAAUGAAAUUGUUCUCUGGCGAUGACAAGGGGAAAAUUGUUUAUUCUUCUUUGGAUCUAGACCAGGGCAUUUGUAACUCCCACUUGGUGUUAGAGGAGCCUUCUUCAAUUGUGCAGCUGGAUUAUAGCCACAAAGUACUGCUUGUGUCUACCUUGCAGAGAAGUCUGCUUUUUUACACUGAAGAAAAAUCUGUCAAGCAAAUUGGAACACAACCAAGGAAAAGUACUGGGAAAUUUGGUGCUUGUUUUAUACCAGGACUCUGUAAGCAAAGUGAUCUAACCUUGUACGCAUCACGGCCUGGGCUCCGACUAUGGAAGGCUGAUGUACAUGGAACUGUUCAAGCCACAUUUAUCUUAAAAGAUGUAUUUGCUGGAGGAGUCAAGCCUUUUGAACUGUACCCGCGUUUGGAAUCCUCGGACAGGGGAGGUUGCACCUUACCUGAGAAGCACCUGGGGCUGGUUUCCUGUUUCUUUCAAGAAGGCUGGGUAUUGAGCUGGAAUGAAUAUAGUAUCUAUCUUCUAGACACCAUCAACCAGGCCACAAUUGCUGGUUUGGAAGGAGCAGGUGAUAUUGUGUCUGUUUCCUGCACAGAAAAUGAAAUAUUUUUCUUAAAGGGAGAUAGGAACAUUAUAAGAAUUUCAAGCAGGCCUGAAGGACUCACAUCAAUAGUGAGAGAUGGUCUGGAGAUGUCAGGAUGUUCACAGCAAGUCCAUAUGCAGCAUGUGGAGAAGCCACCAGGGGCUACAGUUCCUGAGACGAGGCUCAGAGGCUCCUCUGUGACCAGCUCAGUGCCCAGUGAGCCGAGGAGCAGGAGCAGCUCACUCAACUCCACUGACAGCAGCUCUGGGCUCCUGCUGCCUGGGCUUCAGGCAGCCCCCGAGUCAGGCAAGGGUGGCCAGCCCUCCUCACAGAGAUUCAGCGUCAUUAGCUCUGAAGACUUUGAUCAGGAGCUCGUUGUGAAACCUAUCAGAGUGAAAAAGAAGAAGAAGAAGAAGACAGAAGGUGGAAGCAGGAGUACCUGUCACAGUUCCCUGGAGUCAACUCCCUGCUCCGAGUUUCCUGGGGACAGUCCCCAGUCCUUGAAUGCAGACUUGCUAUCCAUGAGCUCAGGUGUUCUGGGCAGUAGUGUGGAUCACUUGAGCACAGAGUCUCCUGACCAAGAAAGCAACCUCAGUGGUGAAGUGAAUGGUAUCUUGCAGGAAAAUACUGACCCUGAAACAUUUAGUGUGCUGGCAGUACCUGACUCUGCUCCUGUCUUAGUGGAUGAAAAAAAUGAGAUUAGAACUGAAAUUCUACACUGCAGCCAUGCACAUGGGCUGGAGCCACUUGGUGGAAUGUUGAGUUUACCCUUGCUCCCUAGGGGAGAUGUAGAAGGUGAUGUCACAGAGCUGGAAGAGGAGCCUCGUCCUGCAGAUGGUGGACCAAAUGGCAAACAGUUACUCUUCCAAGAACAGGAGCACUCUGCUGAGGCCCAAGAUGGGGAGGGUGUGGAGUCCAGUAACCCCCAGAGCACUUUUUCAGAAGCCUCCCUUUUAGACUCCAGCCUCACCUGGGUCCCAGCUGCUGAGCAUGAACAGUGGCUGCCUGGAACUAGAACUGAUGAAGGCAGUGCUGAGGAACCCAGCAAGGAGCAGGAUAUCCUAACCACCGUGGGGGCCCCUGACCACAUUGGCUCAAACCCCUGGCAUACUGUCACUGACAGUGACAGAGGUCAGGAAGAAAUAUCCACUUGUGAAUGUGAUUUGGGGGGUAUGGGAGGACAGUUAACUCCAAUCUCUGCAUUGGCGGCCUGCACCCAUGAGCCUUGGCUUGAGUACACCUCACGGGAUCAGGCAUUGACAUCCAGUGAUGAGGAGGACAUCUAUGCCCACGGGCUUCCAUCUUCAGCCUCAGAGACAAGCAUGACAGAGAUUGGAGCCAGUCAGUCCCUGCAGGACUUGGGCCAGCCAGGAGCAGAUGACAUGGGACUGCUUAAGUCAGAUCAGUUUGCAGAAAGCUGGAUGGGCUACUCGGGUCCUGGCUAUGGCAUACUCAGCUUGGCGGUCUCGGAGAAGUAUAUUUGGUGCCUGGACUACAAAGGCGGCCUAUUCUGCAGUGCACUGCCAAGCGCUGGGCUGCGCUGGCAGAAGUUUGAAGAUGCUGUCCAGCAGGUGGCAGUCUCACCCUCAGGGGCCCUUCUCUGGAAGAUCGAACAGAAAUCUAACCGAGCUUUUGCCUGUGGAAAGGUCACCAUCAAGGGGAAGCGGCACUGGUAUGAAGCCCUGCCCCAGGCAGUGUUUGUGGCCCUGAGUGAUGACACAGCUUGGAUCAUCAGAACGAGCGGGGACCUGUACCUACAGACAGGUCUUAGCGUGGAUCGCCCCUGCGCCAGAGCUGUAAAGGUUGACUGUCCCUACCCGCUGUCCCAGAUCACAGCCCGAAACAGUGUGGUGUGGGCACUGACGGAGCAGAGGGCCCUCCUGUACCGGGAGGGUGUGAGCAGCUUCUGUCCAGAAGGGGAGCAGUGGAAGUGUGACAUCAUCAGUGAAAGGCAAGCUUUAGAGCCUGUUUGCAUAACUCUUGGAGAUCAGCAGACUCUUUGGGCCCUGGAUAUCCAUGGAAACCUGUGGUUUAGAACUGGCAUUAUUUCUAAGAAGCCCCAAGGAGAUGAUGACCAUUGGUGGCAAGUGAGCAUCACAGACUAUGUGGUGUUUGACCAGUGCAGCUUGUUCCAGACAAUAAUCCACGCCACACACUCAGUGGCCACAGCAGCCCAUGCGCCUGUAGAAAAAGUAGCAGAUAAACUACGCAUGGCAUUUUGGUCUCAGCAGCUUCAGUGCCAGCCGAGCCUUCUAGGAGUCAAUAACAGCGGUGUCUGGAUCUCCUCAGGCAAGAAUGAAUUCCAUGUUGCUAAAGGAAGUCUCAUAGGCACCUACUGGAAUAAUGUUGUUCCCCGUGGGACAGCUUCUGCUACAAAAUGGGCCUUUGUCUUGGCUUCUGCUGCUCCCACAAAGGAAGGAAGCUCCUUGUGGCUGGGUCAGAGCAGCAAGGACCUGUGCAGCAUCAGUGCCCAGAGUGCACAGUCCCGCCCCUCCACAGUGCAGCUGCCUCCUGACACUGAGAUGAGGGCCUAUGCUGCCUGCCAGGAUGCGCUAUGGGCUCUGGAUAACUUCGGCCAGGUGUUUAUCAGGACACUCUCCAAGAGCUGCCCCACAGGCAUGCACUGGACCAGGCUGGACCUUUCCCAACUAGGAGCUAUAAAACUGACAAGCUUGGCAUGUGGAAAUCAGCACAUCUGGGCCUGUGAUUCCAAGGGUGGAGUUUAUUUCCGGGUAGGAACCCAGCCUUUAAAUCCCAGUCUGAUGCUUCCUGCCUGGAUAAUGAUUGAGCCACCUGUGCAGCCUGCCGGGGUCACAUUGGUCAGUGUCCAUUCCAGCCCCAAUGACCAGAUGCUGUGGGCACUUGACAGCCGGUGGAACGUGCACGUUCGAGUAGGGAUCACUGAGGAAAUGCCUGUGGGGACCGACUGGGAGCACGUGCCAGGGCUGCAGGCCUGCCAGCUGGCACUGAGCACCAGGACUGUGUGGGCCCGCUGUCCAAAUGGUGAUCUUGCCCGACGGUAUGGAAUCACAGACAAAAACCCUGCUGGAGACUACUGGAAGAAAAUUCCGGGAAACGUAUCAUGUUUCACAGUGACCACAUCCGAUGAGCUGUGGGCAGUGGGCCCUCCUGGCUACCUGCUCCAGCGGCUGACAAAGACGUUUAGCCACUCACAUGUCACUCAGAAAAACAGCCAGGCCGCCAGCCCCCACCCCGAGGACCUGGAGGACGAAUGGGAGGUCAUCUGAAGGAGCCCUGGGAGCAGGAGGGAGCCAGACUCCAGUAGUGGACCCUGUGGGUUUCUGAAUCACCUCAGCCCUUGUCCAGAUACGUCUGGCCAUGUUGGACACUGAGUACUUGCUUUCAUCCAUGUUUGUUUCUGUCUCCUUCCAAAGCCACAGCCUCUGCCAACAAUUGGAGUGGUUGCUGUGGCAGCAGCACCUUUGAACUC